ACGAUAUUGUGAAUAAAAAUCUCAAACCUUUCGCUAUCUGCUGUCUGAAAAAUAUUGCGUCAAGGAUGAGGAACACCACCUCCUUGAUGGAACCCAAAGUCGGAACUUGCAUAAGACAGAAAUGGCCAGUUCAAGAUAAUUUAAGCGUGGCAGAUAUGAAGUUAAUUAUGUUCAAGCCAGCACUACUUCUUGGUGCCCAAACCAAUAUUUCACAGCUGCUGCAACUUCCUCAAUUCAUUGGAGGAAUUUCUCCUCCUGGAUCUUUUUACCGGCAACCAAAUGGACAUCAAUGCCUGAUGAGCUCCGAUGCACCAAGGCCAGACGCAUCACCUGGUAGUCCUGGUCGCACGCCGCCAACUAGUCCUCCUGGCAGCGCACCAUCACCUGGUCAUCCUGGAAGCGCACCACCACCAACUGAUCCUCCUGGCAGCUGCGCAGCACCACCUAGUUCCCUUGGAAGCGCACCCCCACUCGGUAGUCCUGAUGCGCCACCACCAAGUGGUCCUCCUGGCAGUGAGCCAUCACCAAGUCCUCCUGGAAGUGCACCACCAACUGAUCCUCCUGGCAGCGCAGUACCACCACCUGGCAGUACCGGUGCGCCACCACCAACCGGUCCUCCUGGCAGUGAACCAUCACCAAGUCCUCCUGGAAGUGCACCACCAACUGAUCCUCCUGGCAGCGCAGCACCACCAGCUGGCAGUCCCGGUGCGCCACCACCAACCGGUCCUCCUGGCAGUGAACCACCACCUAGUUCCCCUGGCAGCGCACCACCACCAGGUCUUCCUCCUAGCCCACCUCGUACUCCUGGUGCACCAUCAUCUGGCCCUCUGCCUAGAUCACCUCCUCGUCGUAGUGCAGCAACACCUGCUAGUUUACUACUUAGACCACAUGGUCGUCCACUUCGCUUUCCACUUAGACGAGGUCGUCCUGGUCCCUCACCACUUGGUCUUCCGCCUAGACAAUCCGAUACUCCUGAUGUACCACCACCAUGUUCUCCACCAAAAUCAACUGCACCAAACAGGGGGGAAGCAUCAAGCUCAGGGACAAAGGGAGGGAGAACCAGUGAAUCAGAAAAUAGAAAAAAUCCCACUCAAAGGAAUUGGGAGCUUAAGCCGUAUCCUGCGGGUGCUUUGUCAGCGCCGCCGACAACUUCAGUUAUUCAUCCUCGUCGUCCGCCUACAUCUCCACCUUAUCGUAUUACUGGUACGUCUAAACCUGUACCUACACCAUACACUGGUAUAAAGCCAGCACCAUAUCAUCCACCAAUUAUCCACCAAACCAACUGCACCUGUACCUACACCAUACACUGGUAG